CUUGUGUUCGCUCACAGGGAAGUGAAAGCGCUCUCACACACACACUCACACUCACACACACACACCGUCGGUGUCUCGCCGCCGCUCGGCCUCGCCCGCGCUCCCUCGCGCGCUCGUGUCGGACCUCCGGCUCUGCAUCACCUUCUCGCCGCUCCGCCAUGGGCUUCGGGGAGGACCUGACGUGUCCGCAGGCGCACGCGGCGCUCCUGCGGCUGCUGGACUCGGAGCUGCACCUGAUGGAGGUCAUGAAGAAGUGGAUGGGUCAGCGGGCCAAGAGCGAGCGCGAGUUCUCCGCGCAGCUGCACCACAUGGCGGCCAUCGCCGACAAGCUGGACCGACCCCCGCCCGGGGCCGGUGCCGACUACAUCAGCCAGCUGCACAAGUCGUGGGGCGUGCUGGUCUCGCAGACCGACUCGCUCAGUCAGCUGAUGAAGAAGAGCUCCGAGGACCUGCUGGACGGCCCCGUCAGCAAGCUGACGCUGCUCAUCAGAGACAAGCAGCAGCUCCGCAAGAGCUACGCGGAGCAGUGGAACCUUCUGAAACAGGAACUCGCCAAGGUGACGCAGACGGAGCUGGAGAGGCUGAAGACCGGCUUCAAGCAGGCGGCGCGAGACGUGGCUCAGGCCAAGAGGAAGUUCCACGAGGCCGCGAAAGACCGGGACAAGGACAAGGCCAAAGAGCGCUACGUGAAGGCUGUGAUGAAGCUCCACGAGCUGCACAACGACUACGUCCUGUCUGUGCAGGCGGCGCAGGUCUACCAUCAGCACCACUACAGCCACAUCCAGCCGGGGCUGCUGGGAGCGCUGCAGGCGCUGCAGCAGGAGAUGCUGCUCAUACUGAAGGAGAUCCUGCAGGAGUACUUCGACAUCUCCACGCUCCUGCACCACGAGGUGGUGCGCAUUCACAGGGAGAUGUCCUCCGCCAUCACCGCCAUCGAUCCCUGCAGGGAGUACGAGAGCUUCAUCCACCAGAACAGGUCUGUGGGGGACACACCUGCCUGUGCAGCCUUUGACUGCAGCCUGCUGGAGGACACCGAGCAGCUGAAGCCCAGAGAGCUGGAGCUGAACGACCUCACGCUAGAGACCAUCCAGCACAAGCUGACGGCGGUGGAGGAGGAGCUGCUGCACCUGGCGCGCACGCUGGGCUCCCAGCAGACCUCGGUGGAGCAGCUGGAGUUCGAGCUGGAGGCCGAGCAGGGCGGCGUCAAAAAGGGCCAGAGGGUCUACCAGUUCAGCAAGAGGCACGCGCUGGAGGAGUGCCGGCAGCAGGUGGCGCUGUCCCAGGGGGCCAGGGUCAGGCUGGAGGCGCAGAGGCGCGUCCUGAAGGAGAAGCUGGAGCGGCUGGGCUCCAGAGAACCGCCGCCCGCUCUGGACCUGGACACCAGCCACGACCAAAGUUCUCCCAGAGUCCACAUGGGUGCAUUGAGGAACAACCUGAGUGUCCUGUUCCGACCUAAAUGCGAGGAUGCUCCAGUUCCCACUGCAGUGCAGGACGUGGAGCGCCCCGUGGGGCAGCAGGACUGGUACCACGGGGCCAUCCCCCGGCUGGAGGUCCAGCAGCUGCUGAAGAGUGAUGGGGACUUCCUGGUGAGGAAGAGUCAGGAGAAGCACGGUUAUGUGCUCUCUGUGCAGUGGGACGGCGCCUGCAAACAUUUUCUCAUCCAGAACACAGAUAGUCUGUACCGUCUGGAUGGAGAAGGCUUCCACAGCAUCCCGCAGCUGGUCCAGCACCUCAUGUCGUCACAGCAGCACAUCACCAAGAAGUCCGACGCAGUGCUGAAGAAGCCUGUGCUGAAGGACAAGUGGGUUCUGGAGCAUGAUGACAUCACCCUGGGGCAACUCAUUGGACGGGGCAACUUUGGAGAAGUGUACAGCGGCAGUUUACGCUCUCACAACUGUCCUGUAGCUGUGAAAACCUGCAAAGAGAACCUGGCCCCUGAGCACAAGAGCAAGUUCCUGAUGGAGGCCAGGAUCCUGAAGCAGUACGACCAUCCUAACAUUGUGAGGCUCAUAGGCGUCUGUACACAGAAACAGCCCAUCUACAUAAUCAUGGAGCUGGUGUCAGGCGGUGAUUUCCUGACCUUCUUGCGGCACGAGGGCCCCAACCUGAAGCCCAAGACGCUGGUGAAGAUGACGGAGAACAUAGCGGCUGGCAUGGAGUACCUGGAGAGCAAGAAGUGCAUCCACAGGGACCUGGCGGCGAGGAACUGCCUGGUUGCCGAGCAGAACGUGGUGAAGAUCAGUGACUUUGGGAUGUCCCGGCAGCAGGACGACGGCGUGUACUCGGCGGAGGGCGGCCUCAGACAGAUCCCUGUCAAGUGGACGGCACCGGAAGCCCUGAACUACGGUCGUUACACCACGGAGAGCGACGUCUGGAGCUUCGGCAUCCUGCUGUGGGAGACCUUCUCCCUGGGCAUGACGCCCUACACGAGCAUGGGCAACCAGCAGACCCGAGAGGAGGUGGACAAAGGAUACCGCAUGCCGGCCCCGCACGGCUGCCCCGUGGAGAUCUCCAGGCUGAUGAACUCCUGCUGGCAGUAUGAGCCCAGAAACAGGCCGUCCUUCAAGAAGCUUCGGGUUGAGCUCAGCGCUAUUUACAAAAAAAUCAUUUAAUGUGUAGGGACCAGCGUAAAAGUGGAGUAAAACACACAAAAUGACCCGGA